AUGAAACAUUAUAAAUUUAUUUUAAUCUUGUUAUGUUUAGCUAACGCAUAAGAACAAUGGGAUAUUAUAUACCAAAGCUUUCAAGAUACUAACACAAUGGAUGCAUCGGGUUAUUAUAUAUUAAAUUAUUUAGGCUGGAUUGUAAGUAAUAAUUAUAAUGGAAAUUUAUUUUCAAAUUGCAAUGGUUUUAGAUUGUUUGGAGGAGCAGACACAUUUGCAGCUAAAACAAAAAUAUCUAAGCGUUUUUCCUUACCUCCUCAUUAUAAACUAAAUGUCACUUUAGAAUUUUGGAAGUAAUUUCUUCUAUCAAAAAUAGAGUUGAUAGUUGGGAUGAUGAAUAUGUCUACAUAAUUGUAGAUGAUAAAUUAUUUUCAAAACUUUAUACUUCAACUGAUGGAAGUUAUCUUUGUGGAUAUAGAUGGAUUGAUGCAUUUGAACCUAUUACACUUAUUCUGGAUCAUACUUCUGAAUCGUUAGUUUUCAUAACAACUACAAAUCUUAAUCAAGAUCCUAAAGAUGUAAAAUAUCAUAAAUAUAAAAGGAAAGUUGGGGAAUCAGAGAUUUUACAUUGUCAAUUUUAAAAUGCCCUUCGGGUUGUUUUUACUGUUUAGACAAUGAUUAUAAUAAUUGUUUUAAAUGGAUUAGUUUUCUAUCAUUGUGGCAUGUUUCAAUGUUACUUGAUGGAUGGAUGAAAAAUGAUAAUAUCUAACCUGCAACGUCUUAAUGUGUAAGUUUUGAUCUUGUUGGAGGAUACCUUAAUUUAGCACCUAAUGAUAAAUUAGAAAAAACUAUACAAAACUUGAGUUUUCACCAUAAAAUCCAUAUCAAUUUAUAACUUUGGAAAAUAGAUAAAUGGAAUAAUGAAAAUUUUGAGUUAUUGGUAGAUGAUAAAAUUUAAAAUUAAACUGUUUUAGGAACUUUAGGUUUUUAUUCUAUUUGUGGAUCCACUGGAUAAGAAAAAAUGGUUAAUAUUGCAGUAACUCUAUCUCAUUCAUCAACGUAAUGUAAAAUAACUAUGAGAACUAAUCGUAAUGCAGCAACUACAAAUGCCUAUUGGGGAAUAAGAGCAUUUAAUUUGUAUUUUGUAAGCAACUGUUAUAAUGGUUGUGAUCUAUGUCUAGGUCCUUUAAAAACAGAUUGCACUGCUUGUUCAAGAGGAUGGGUUUUUUAUAAUAAUUUAUGCAUUAAUUGUAUUCGUAUAUCCUAGUAAUAGCACCAUUUAUUCUUUUAUCAUAAAUUUUAAUUAAUCAUAUUAAAGAUCCAAAGUCAGAUGAAAGAAUUCCUAUGGAGAUAAAUCUAUUAGAAGUUAAUUAGUAAAUAGUAACUUAAGGAACCUUCACAUAGACAAUUAAUAAUAAUUUAUAAAUAUUGACUAUCCUAGUUUAUGCAAAAUGCUUUCCAAAUAAAAAAAUGAAUAGCUAUUUUAUAAAGUGCCUCUAAUGUUAAUCUUAAAAUUAGAAAUAAUUUUCGCAUUAUUGCUAUCCGACUAUCAAUUCUAUUCUUUAUAAUGUCAGAUUUCAAUUGUCAGAAUAAGAAUUGAUAAUUAACACAUCUAAUACAGAAUGUUCAAUUUAUUAAGUAGUAGAUGUUGGGGGUGAAUUGAUUCAAAUAAAAGUAUUAGAAAUUUUAUAGCAAGAUGUUUGA